UUGCUUUUAGUUGGCAAAGGAUUCACAUGUCUUCUUUCUUCUCUUCACAUCAUCAAACCAAUAUAUCAUCACAACACGUGACAACUUCUUCUUUUCUUUUGUCUUUUUCCUUUCCUCCCCCACAAGACAGAAGACAUAAGAAGAAGAAGGAGAUCAUCAAGACCGAUCUUGUAGACUUUUUGUCUCUGUCCGAAAACAAAGAAAGAAACCUUUUUCCAGUAAAGAAAAGAGAACAAUCUCAUAGGUUCUUGAGCUUUUCUUGACCAUGGAUUCCUUGAAGAACAGAACAUUGCUUAAGGUCAUUGUUCUUGGAGAUAGCGGGGUAGGUAAAACUUCUUUGAUGAAUCAAUACGUGUACAAGAAAUUUAACAAGCAAUAUAAGGCCACGAUCGGAGCUGAUUUCGUCACCAAAGAGCUCCAUAUAGAAGACAAAUCUGUAACCUUACAGAUAUGGGAUACUGCAGGACAAGAGAGGUUUCAGAGUCUAGGAGCUGCGUUUUACAGAGGUGCUGAUUGUUGUGUUCUUGUGUACGACGUGAACAAUCUCAGAUCUUUCGAAACUCUCAACAAUUGGCACACUGAGUUCCUCAAACAGGCAAAUCCUAUGGAACCUGAGACAUUCCCCUUUGUUUUGAUUGGGAACAAGACCGAUGUAGAUGGUGGAAACAGCCGAGUUGUUUCAAAUAAGAGAGCACACGAAUGGUGUGGCUCAAAGGGUAACAUACCAUACCAUGAAACAUCUGCGAAGGAAGAUACCAAUAUCGAUGAAGCUUUUUUGGGGGUUGCACACAUUGCUCUCUCCAAUGAACAUAAACAAACCAAUGACAUAUAUCCUAGAGGUGUAUAUGACUCUGUUACUGACAUUAUUGAUCCAGAUCAGAACAGAGGUUGUGCUUGCUAAUUCAUACUUAACAUAUCUGAUCAAAUAAGUAUUGAGUACCACCAGCUUUUUUAUUUUCAGUCUUUUGUUUUUUUUUGUAACUUUUUAUUUAUUUUUUGGUUUAAUAUCAAUUAUAGAGGUUUAUCAAUUGAUAUAUUGCUACGUUCUGAGUGUUUUUUUAUGCAUGUAAAUCACUAAUUAAUUUUGUAUUUCAUUUCUGUAAAA